GCGGGCGCGAGCGCGGCGGGCGGCGGCGGCGGCCGAGAAGAUGGCGGACGGCGACAGCGGCAGCGAACGCGGCGGCGGCGGCGGCGGCGGCGGCGGGCCCGGCGGCUUCCAGCCCGCGGCCCGCGCGGCCGAGCAGGAGACGCAGGAGCUGGCGUCCAAGCGGCUGGACAUCCAGAACAAGCGCUUCUACCUGGACGUGAAGCAGAACGCCAAGGGCCGCUUCCUGAAGAUCGCCGAGGUGGGCGCGGGGGGCUCCAAGAGCCGCCUGACGCUGUCCAUGGCGGUGGCCGCCGAGCUCCGCGACUACCUGGGCGACUUCAUCGAGCACUACGCGCAGCUGGGCCCCAGCAGCCCCGAGCAGGUGGCGGCGGCGGCGGCGGGCGCCGAGGACGGCGGCGGCCCGCGGCGCGCGCUCAAGAGCGAGUUCCUGGUGCGCGAGAACCGCAAGUACUACCUGGACCUCAAGGAGAACCAGCGCGGCCGCUUCCUGCGCAUCCGCCAGACGGUCAACCGCGGCGGCGGCGGCGGCGGCCCCGCGCCCGGCGGCCUGCAGGGCGGCCAGACCAUCGCGCUGCCGGCGCAGGGCCUCAUCGAGUUCCGCGACGCGCUGGCGAAGCUCCUCGACGACUACGGCGGCGACGACGACGAGCUGGCGGGCGGCGCGGGCGGCGCGGGCGGCGGCCCGUGCGGCGAGCUCCCCGAGGGCACCUCCAUCACCGUGGACUCGAAGCGCUUCUUCUUCGACGUGGGCUGCAACAAGUACGGCGUGUUCCUGCGCGUCAGCGAGGUGAAGCCGUCCUACCGCAACGCCAUCACCGUGCCCUUCAAAGCCUGGGGCAAGUUCGGGGGCGCCUUUUGCCGCUACGCGGACGAGAUGAAGGAGAUUCAGGAGCGGCAGAGGGACAAGCUGUACGAGCGGCGCGGCGGGGACGAGUCGGAGGGCGACGAGGCGGACGAGGACUGAAGCGCGCCGCUUCCCGAAGGGCCCCCGCCCCGCCCGCCGCCCCCGUCCCCUUGGCUGGAGAGCCCCCGUCCCGCUCGCCCGCCCCCGUCCCCUUGGCUGGAGAGCCCCCGUCCCGCUCGCCCCCGGGGAGCCGGUGGAGGCGGCGCGUGAGGCCCCGUCGGGACAACGCAAAGUUAAGGGAUAACGCAGUUCGCUGAGACAAGUAACCACAGAAGAACAGUCGCAGACAAUUCGAGAAAAGCAGCAGAGUUCCAAGGAACUGACCGCAGCCUGCACAGAGCCGACAGCCUGAGCAAAAUCGUCCGUUUCCACAGUUUCCAGCUGGGGUUUGUGACCCCCCCCCCCAGGGUAGCCCUGCAGGGGGGCAGAUCCUUGCGUGCCCGGGGUCGGGGAACGCUCGAGUCCCCCGGACGCGUCCAGGACAGCUGCCUUUGUGUUCUACCCGGGUGUCCUGGCCUGGCGAUCUCUGCCGGCCUCGCUGUUGUGGGGUCGGUCUCUUCACCUCCACUGAAAUCAGCACAUGGGGGUCUAGGUCUUGGUGGAAUUCUUGAGAAGACAGAGGCCUUGGCCCUUGCCCUGUUCUGAGGGUACAGGUUUCAUGCAAAGGAGUGCGACUUUAAAAAGAUCAUGGACAGGGCAGAAUGAGAAUUCAAGAAGCCACCGGGGAAUAAGAAACAAAUUGGGUCCAUUUUGUCUAAGAUGGUUUUGCGUGGAACCUGGACCAGUGUCCGUGUCUCUUUGUGGCAGUGUUUUCCUGGUUGCAAGUGGAUUCAGAUGUCAAUCCUUCAACUAGAAGCUGUUACUAAAGGAUUUUGGAAGUUGGCCAAGUUUCUUUCAGAGCUAAGAGCCGUUUUACAUUGGGGCUUGCUGAGGUAGGCACGGGAAGAAAUCCGGCAGCAAGCACAAGGAGGACUGUUUGAGUGGAUUAGUUGCUGCUCACUAAAGUCCUUCCCCCGGCCUCUAGUCCUUACCAAGAGAUGGCUUAGGGGUGAAUGAGAGCCAGGUCCCUGUGGCUGUUCCGCCUGAGCUGGCUAAUUCAGCUCUUUGGGCCACUGGUUGGCUGGAUUUUCAACCGUUAAACUUGAAGAUACCUACAAAAGGAACUGUGGCUACAAGCCUGAGCUUUAAUGGAAUAUACGUCCUCACAGAAAAGUUGGAAAUAGCCAAAACUGAAGUCUUCACCUACCUUCAGUUCCGUCUGUGGAUUUGUUCACAUACUAAAGAUCCUCAGGUCCAGAAUUCCAGCAUCAUCUAUUCUUUUAAAGUAAAUUUUUAAGAACUCGAUCCAUUGUUUCAGUACCUCCCGAUCAGAGUUGGCAAAUGAUGGUUGAGUGAUUAGAGCAGCACGCCCUUUAGAGGGUGAAAUCCAUCGGGAUGGAGAUGAAGGGAACGUACAAAUGCUGACUGUGUCCUGGAAGCAUUUUUAUACCAUCUUGAAAUUUCAACAAACUGGCUUUCGCCAGUUUAUCCAGCUGUUUUUCAAGAAUAAAAGUUGGGGUUUUCAAGGAUCGCCUCUUCUAUAUUUUAAAUGGAUUUUCAGUAGAAAUGAUUUUUACUAAUCAAGUUAAUCCCACCCCAUCACCAAGGUAUUCCUAGAAGUGUCACAGACCUAGGCGACUUUGAAUUGAACGGGAGCUAACGUUCUUUCCAAAGUUUGUAGGUAUUCUUUGUGCGACACCUUCUCAACCAGGAGGCAAGUAACCCCACCUCCACAAUCUUAGUUUUGUGUUUUUUUUUUUUUUUUAACUGCAUGCCUGCCCUUUAUCUGAGCUGCCAUUUAAUUUAUUGCAUACCCUUUUAUUAUCUGAGUUUGGUAUUAUUCAAUCUAUACAAUCUUUUUGUAUUUAUUGGGAAAUAAGUAAUCUACAAAAAGGUCAUCUUCAUGCAUCGUGGCCGAGAGGGAGGGAAAGAACUGUACAUAAAAUUAGGCUUUUUUUAAAAAAUUAGACUUAUGAUUCAGAAUACUGUUGAUCUUAGGUUUUUUUAAAAAAAAAAAAACGUGGACGAGCCACAAACUGGUGCCCUUUUCAGACUAUUUCUCUACUCUCAUCCUCCACAGUAGACUUUUUAAACAGAUUUUUUUUAAAGCUUUUCCUUUUUUUAAAAAACCUUCUCCGUCGCAAAGAAUGUUUCCUAAAUUGUAUGGGAGCAAUAGUAUUUUUGAUGUUUUAAUGACAUCUGUAUAUACUCGUACUGUAUUUUGUACCACAAGGCAGCUGUUUUCAAUAAUGUCCUGCUGUAUUGACCUAUGUGUUUUGAGUGUUGAUUUCUUUGCUGCGGAGAACAAAUCCCUACACCGUUUUAGUAAGGGCGCCGUGAAGCUAGUGUUAGGUUUGCAGAAACUUUCCGUUUCCAACUUUGAGGCAGCAGUGAAAAUUCAGGUUGCAGCUCUCAGUUAACUGCUGUGACUUGUUCAUUUUCGUACCGUGUACAAGUCCUCUUUAGACCAACUUGUUUUCUUGCUUCAGUGGUGGUUCUGUUGCUCAGCUGCAGUGAACCAGUUCGACUUUGCAGAGGUGCAGUACCUCCCCUUUGGAAGGGGCUGGUGUGUUUUUUCUUUUCUUUUUGUUUGGCUAAAUUGCAGUAACUAGCCUUGCCUUUCUAUUCUGUAGAAAUGACAGGGUCUUCACCGUCCUUCACCAGUGGCUACCAAGCUAUAAUUAGCUGAAUAGAAAGAAUGUGGAAGUGGUCGGAGGCAUGUAGAGUAUAUGCCAAGAACACUACCAUAUAUGGCGCCAGCUUUGGUUACCAGAGAAAUUUUCUUAGUCAUUAGACCAUGUAACAGUAAUAUAUCAUAUGUAAAUCUUUAGAUAUCAAUUUGAGAAUCCUCCAAAAAAAGGAGCAAAGAAUGCAUAAGCUAUGUGUUGGAAAAAGUAAUUUAUAUUAAAAUUUUGACCUGCCUAUGUAAGAUUAAGUGGUAAACGUCCUAGUGGUGGGUUUUUAAGUCUUAACCCAUCUCAGAGGUUUGUUUCUCCUGCAGGGGGUGGUUCACAGUCUCUCUUCUCACUGCAGGAAGAUUACAGAAGGGUGUGGAUUAGUUGUAGCAUUUCACUGACCCUCAUUCCACUCACUGUUCUGGGGCAGCAGAAAUCCGCGGAGCACAGAGACUGCUCUUUUGAUGUGUUGGCCUGUUACCGAGGCCGGAUUUCAGAACUCGUUCAGAAACCGCGCUUAGCAAAGAAAAUCUGUUAAUUCCAGUCAGAAAAUGGCAUUACAGACUCUGGGAAACAACCAGAUUUUUUUUGUUCUGGUUUUCAUCCUCUACUACGAACAGUGAUUUAGGGCUUGUCCUUUCACCUUGGCAAACAUCCCAGCUAAUCACAUGUUCAGAACAGUCCAAUUUCUAAGAAGUGGGGAACGAAAAUUCCUUUUGCGACCAUUGGUAGAGUGUUUCUCAAGCCAGUGCCGUUCUGGACACGAGCAGUCCGGUCGCAGGAACGGAAUCGAAAGAGCGAAACUCUGUGGUGAGAUCCCGCCGUUGCCUCGUGGUUUCUCUUGUCCCCGCUGUGGUUCGAGUCGCGGGGCAGUUCUAGUCCGCGGUGAAAGCCUUCAGUGCAUAUGCUGCACAGAGCGCCACGGUUGUGGGCAGAAGAGGCUGGUUAUAAUAAUGCCCUCAUAUUGAGUGGUCUGAAAACGGCUGCACACUUCAGGCGCGUAGUUGCUGAGGAUGCUUUGUUCCGUGUGACCUUGACCGGCUCUACUGGAGGGUAGAGUGUCCUGCACAAGGUAUCGAGACGUAACUAUUGCUUGGCGUCCGCCUUGCUCUGGAGGCGGAUGGCCUUAGGGAGAAGCUUGAGUGUGUAAGCCAUGCACAUAAGUAUUCUUCACUGUAAAUUUUGUUUUCAUUUUUAACCCAGUUACGGUACUUUGUCCAAUGCACAACUGAUCUCUCAGUAGAUAUUCAUUUGCAAAUAGCGUGGCCUUGAUCAGUGAGAGGGAAGGAGGGCAAGUGACCUCGCGGGUGCGAAGGUGACUCACCGAGAGGCCUUGCGCGCGCCACUCUUUGUGUCCAAUGCGCGUGUGGCCUCGCUCCUUUCCGCCUGGGGAAAGUUCAUGGUUUUGACCCUGGAGUUACCAAUUCAAUUGAGUUGUCUUCUGUUUUUAGGAAGGAUCAGAAUUGCUCUGAUAAGUAACAAAGUUGACUGCUUUGGUGUCCAAUCUCAGGUUUUAGAAUAGAGAGAGUGGUAUAAAAUCCCACUGUUAACUCUUAAAACAAUUUUAAUGUAAUACACCCCGAAAUUCACAUGCACGAGGCCUGUUCAGAGAGCAGAGCCUCCCAUCGUUUUGCUCCUUUUCCACUUUGUACUUCACUUGAGAAAGUGUCGAGUGAUCUUACAUUGUAUAUUUCCAUUUGAACCCCGACAUAUUUCUCAAAGAUAAAAGCACUUUUUGAUAAUGAAAUUCAUGGGAUCUUCGUGUGAUGUGGAUCAUGGUUUCUCAGGCUCCCUUAGAUAAUCUGCUUACGAAUAUUGUUCUGUGUAAGAAGAGUGAAAAUCUUUGCUAAUGUUAGGAAGUUUGUAUUAUUGAUCCAGAAUGCAUUUUGCUAGCUUCCAAUCGAUGGGAGAGUAAACAAUGCUGCAUUCACAAUUUAAUAAGUUACUUUCCCUUAAGCCUUAAGGUAACUUUUUUUUUUCCUGUCAACAACAGCACUGAAGUUAGAGUAAGUGAAUGAGAUUAUCAGUUUUCAGGGUUGGUUUUAGAGUACUGUAAAUCCAUGAGCUGUCUUCCUAAACAGUUACUAUCUCCCUUGAAUUAACUGGAUAGUGGGCGCGUGGGUGGGCUGGGGGGAUAGCUUGUAGGAAAGAGAAAAGAAAGAAAACCACAUUUACCUUAAGAAAAAUACAGACACAAAAUUAAAGAGUGCAUGUCGGCGCCCCGUUUUUGAAAUUGCAGAUAGAGGGCGGAAAUGGCAAACGAGAAAGUCGUUUGCCCAGUUUCUAAAUCUAGGAAAGCAAAGUCAUUGAUUUUCAAAUCCCCCACCCCCCACCUCCCCGCCAAAGUUUCAAGAGCUCACACUCGGGGACGGUGAGUUCAUUUAUCCCAGUUCCCGAGUUAAAGUCACUAUUCCCAGCUCUUGGUCUUAAACCGUAGUUUCAUUACUGAUGGAUUCAACAGACCCUUCUUUCAAUAAAUGUGGUCCAGUUUUGUCAGGAUGAAAACCCGAUUUGGAAAAUGAAAAAAUUAUAAAGGUAUAUCAUGAAGACUUAUUACUCUGGCAAGUUCCAGGUGAUACCUGUUCCCCUUGAUCCAAGUAAGACUUUGAUGAAUGUAUUCUGUAUUCCCUGAGGAAACAGGGAAUAUGCCAUCCAGUGUGAUCACCCUUGUUCACCAUCUUUUCCUUUCGUUUGCAAAUCUGACUCCUGCCUCUCGAGUUAGACGUGCGGCCCGGUCCCGGUAAAGCACCGCAGACACCGUGUGGGUAGUUUCCCUGCUCCGAGGGGGCCCCUCAUCACAGGAGGGCACAGCUUUGUUUGAAGCCAAGAUGUUGUUUUCCCCCACAGGUAAUUCUAACAGACGCUCUGAUGAAGGAGCGUGACCAUACUUUGGACCAGCAUGAGGUCGUGUGUCUAGGAGCAAAUCGCGAAUGCCCAGUGUGUGAGAUGUCCCCCAACCAGAUAAGAGAGGGUCGGUUGUGUCUGUAGGGCGGUGACCCGUGGGGCCGUCCUACUGAGGGAUAGCAGUAGAUCCCUUCACGCUGCCAGUAAGUCCAGCAGCAGACUUUUCAUCCCGGGUCUUACCCGCUGUCCAGGCUUGUUCAGAAAAACCUGGUUGGAAACAGAAUGGCCAGGAGGAUAGUCCUUCCCUUUUUAAAUCCCCUUUUCAGGGAGAUACAACUGCAGGGGGAGGCCCAAGAAAAUCGCAGGACAGGAUCCUCUCACAAAGCACGUUUGUAUUGUAGGGAUUGGGGGCUUUCGUUGCUCAUUAUUCCAGUGCGAGGCCUAACCUGCAGGCCACCUCUGCACACAAACUCUCUGGAUUCCUAGGAGUUCACAGAUGGAACAGAAGUCCAAGCACAGGGCAUACUUCUAGAGCCUAGUUUUACCUGUUGUGGUAGCGGGAGAGUGUAUGGGGGGUCUUUCUCCAUGAUCAUCAAUAUUUGAAUGACAGCUAAGAUUAUCAGUGUAUUGGAACAACUAGUGGGGAUUUAUUCUUCCUUUUGCUCCUUCACGCAAAUGUUUUCCCGGGAUCAUUUCUCAGAGUCCAUUUGUCUUCUGAUAUGUUUCCAGACAGCACACCUUCCAUCCUGUGGGAACCCUCACUGCUGGUCAUAAUCAGCAGGGGCUUCCUUAGACUAGACAGUUCACUCCAGAGCUGGGACUGAUGUCCUGCCCGUGGAGACUCGGCUGAAGUCGUUCAAAAUGAUUUUAAACCAAAUCUUGACGGCAGGAGACCGAGCUUCCUGAUCUAGAGGGACGACUAGGUACUUAAGGGGUUUGGGGGUGUCUUCAGUCUCUGUGUAAAUACCCACAUGCUUGUGCAUUGUAAACCAAGUGUGUGUUCCUGUGUAUGAAUUUGUAGAACUGGAUUCUGCUUCAAGAGAAGCUGCACCUUUAAUUUUAUAAGGUCCCCUCCACCUGUAACCCUAUAAAUAUUUGUAAAUAGAACACUAAAAUUUGUAGCGAUAGGAUCAACUUGGGAAUAUCUGCUGAGAGACCAAAAAGUUCAUUUUUUUAAGUACCUUGGUUGAAGAGUAAAGAUUAUUCCUCUUAUUUUUUAAAAGAAGAAUGCACUUUAACAGCUGCGUGGGCGAUUCAAACGGGCCCGUGAGGUGCAGUGCCGUUCAGAAAUCACACUUCCUGGAAGCCGUUCAGAAGCGGUGUAGACGGGCUGUCGUGCUCCCGGCCUGGAGGUGGGAGCUCGGGCGCCAGUCGGCGUGGACUCGAGCAAGGCUGCCACGCGGGCACCGCCCGAAGCUUCCGACAGGCCUGGCAGGCGCGGCCCGUGUUGACCACUAACUAGCAAAACUGACAGAAACACAGAGACAAAAGUUGAAGAAUCCUUACUGCUGGUGUGCACUCCUUACAAUAGCAGAUUUUGCAAAUGGAGUUUUACAGUCUAUAUUUAAAAAUUGUAUGUUUGUAACAAAUAAAGUAUGCGGAAAAGUGAAUGACAA